AUGAGCAUUCGUUCAGCUGGCGGACGGCCGAUGGGCAAGAAGAGCAAGUUACCGAUGAGCGCCGUGGAGGAGCCGCUGGCGGAAUGGCGGUUUCCGCAGCCGGUUUUCCAGAUGGUGCUGCACCCUGAGAGACCGAUGCUGCUGUGCGGGCUGGCAGACGGGCACGUCUACUGCUACUCAUACGAUGCGGCGCGGUUGCAGCAGACAUUGGCAGAGAACAAGAAGCAGCGAGACAGAGACGGGCAGCAGAGCUUGUGGACGUGUGUGGAGGCAGGAGACGAGGAGUCGCCGGAGGGCGUCCGGCUGGAGUGGCGGACCAGGAGACACCGGGGCAGCGUGAGGUGCAUGUGUCUGGACGCAGACGGCACGUACGUGUACUCUGUCGGGACGGACAACGUGUUGAAGAAGGCGCGCAGUGAUACGGGGAAGGUUGUGCAGAAGGUGACGCUCAGAGAGCAGACGUGCGGGUUCACCAAGAUGGCCAAGUCUGCCACACACGCGUAUCUGUUGCUCGGCGACGAGGACGGCAACGUGACGGUGGUGAACAGCGAGACGCUGAAACGAACCAACAGGAUCGUGAAGAUUCACGGCGGCGACGCGAUCAACGACAUCUUUCAGUUCGCGAAGCGGUCUGUUCACAAGUACAUCUCGCUGGGCCAGACAACGCUUGCGUACUGGGACGCCAGGGAGUGUGGCGACGACGACGCGAAGCGGAAGGUGGUCGUGAGCGACAACCAGGAGGACGAGAUGCUCUGCGGCGCGUUUGUGGACCCCGAGGCCGGCGACACCGUGGUGUGCGGCAUGGGGGAGGGCGUUUUGACCGUUUGGAAACCGAACAAGAACGAUCUCGAGGACCAAAUGAACCGAAUUAAGAUUUGCCAGAACGAAAGCGUCGACUGCGUCGUGCCGACGCUGCAGGACGACGACGCCGUGUGGUGCGGCUGCUCCGACGGCAAAAUAUACAAGGCGGACGUCAAGCGCGGGCGGGUGGUCGAAGUGAGAACGCAUAGCGACGACGACGAGGUGACGUUCAUCGACCUCGAUUACGAGUACAGGGUCGUUUCCGGAGGCAUGGACAAGAUCGUGCUAUGGCAAUCGAUCGAUGAAAAGGACGCGUCAAGCUCUGAAAGUGACGCAGAGCAGGCGCCGACCGCUGAAAGCGAUAAUGAUGUGUCAAGCGACGCGGAGAUCACGGACGAUUCGAGCUCCGACAGCGAGGACGGCACCGUCUUGGUUGGGCUGUCCAGAGAAGAACUGAUUGCAGAACUUGACAAGGACUUGGCUGGAGACGACACUGACGAACAGAAGCCUGAGGAGCCCCGGAAAAACAAGAACAAAAAGCGGAAACUGGCUGGGAAGCAGGCCAGCUCACAUGGAAUAGCGAAGUUCGAGGGUUUGUAG